GGCGCACGCGGAGAGAGAGGGAGAAGCUGAGGCGCACGCACACAGCUGGAUGGAUAGGAAGGUCUCCGCCACAGCUGCAGGAGGAUGUGAAUUUCCGACUAUUUUUAAGUUUGUCAGUAAAAGCAAGCAGCAGCGGGACUGAGCUCGACCAACCGGCUCCACGUACAGGCGGCGUAAAUAACGGCCGGAUACUCGCACAGCACGCGGCAGCUGUUUGAAAACAAACUGCUUCGUUUUAAUGAGUUGAUAUUAAGACCAGUCCAGAUAGCUACUGACCGUCCGUCCGGUGAGCUGCACACACACAGACAACAUGAUGGAGUCUAUCUUAGACAGUUUGACAGCAGAGAAACUCUAUCCGUCCGGAGGGGCCAACCUGUUGGACCUGGAGGAACUCAGCGAUGGAGAUUUCCUCACUAAUGUGCCUUUCUCAGGUGACCAGAUGGACGACUUCAGCAGCGAAUUAUUCAGCAGUUUCUUUGAUGACCAUCUAUUAGAGCGACCCCUUCUGGCAGACAGACCCUCACUUUGUAUGGACAUAGACAGCAGCCCAGAUAUUCAAGCAGAGCACAGCUACUCUUUGAGUGAAGACUCCGCCCCCCAGAGCCCAGCCCUGUCAAUCAAAAUGGACCAAGAGUCUGAAUUCGAAUGGAACUUCAGUCAGGACCUUUCGGCCAUCUUGGUGAAACAGGAAGAGCCCGAUGUGGGUCAAAGGUUAGACCCUCAGCCUCUGGAAGGCCCUCCUCUCAUACUAAGCCCUGCCCCCCCACACAGAGGGUCGCCAUGGAGACACACGGAGCGCAGUCAAGACGAAGUGAAGCCAGUGGCCAUAAAAGAUGAACCCAAAGAGAUUGGACAGUACCUCAGCCUGCCCAGCGACGAUGCUCUCCAGCUCCCGCCCACCCCUCCCAGCAGCAACCACGGCGACAGCGACGGCUCCCUCCCUCCCUCCUCCCCACACCUCCCUCUGCCACCGUCUUCCCCUCAACCACAACAGAGGCCAGGAGGUCGUGCCUCCUCCUCUUCCUCCUCCUCCUCUUCCUCCGCCAUCUCUUCUUCACCUCUCCUCACUGCACCACAUACGAGCCUAGUACACAGCAUAUCUAAGUCAAGCGGCAACCUCCGUGGCUGGCAAAUGAACCCAAGACGAAGUGCCAAAAACUGCAGUUCCUCGAACGGCCACUUGAAGCUGGCACCAGAAAAGCUGCAGGGAUCAGGACCCCUCAUGCUGACAGAAGAAGAGAAGAGGACCCUGGUUGCUGAGGGUUAUCCAGUACCAAACAAACUUCCUCUCACUAAGAGUGAAGAGAAGGCACUGAAGAGAGUCCGACGGAAGAUCAAAAAUAAGAUCUCAGCUCAGGAGAGUCGGAGGAAGAAGAAAGAGUAUGUGGAAUGUCUGGAGAAAAAGGUGGAGAGCUACACGUCAGAAAACAGCGACCUGUGGAGAAAAGUAGAAAACCUGGAGACCGCCAACAGGUCUCUCCUACAGCAACUCCAGAAGCUUCAAUCAUUGAUUUCAGGGAAAGUUGUCCCCCGUUCUUGUAAAAUGGCCUCCACUCAAACAGGGACAUGCCUUAUGAUGAUGGCCGUGUGUUUUGUCCUGGUGUUGGGCUCCUUCUCUCCCUGCCUCUCUCCCCUGUCCCUCCUCGCCGACUCCUCCUCUUUGUCCUCAACCUCCUCUUCCUCUCAUCCCUCCUCCUCUCCUCCUCUUCCAUCAGCGGACCUCUACACCACCAGUCAGGUCCGUUCCCGCAGCCUGCUCUUCUACAAUGAAGGGGCUCCACUGGAGGAGAGUUUAGUGACAUCAGAAGGGGAGCGGCUACAAUCAGAGGCCCAUUCCCACAUCCGAUACACAGCUGACGCACACAGCAACCAGACAACUGGGCCCGAGUUAGACCGGAGAGAAACAAAACCAGACGGAGUCUCCGAGUUUUUCUGACACAACCUGACCCCUUCUCCCAUGACUUCUCACCUCUGACCCCUAAGAAGGCCACCAGAUUCCUGAACUCAGCGGGGCUUUCAUAUCAACAUGCAACUGGACCAAAACCUACAUGAUUCUGCCAGUCCAUCAUCAUCUGUUUUAGUGAGCUUCAAGACUUCAGACACUGCAGUCCUCCCAUCUGCCAUCCACAGCCGGUACACUGCCUGUACGUGGUGCUUGCUUCUCUGCUCAAACAGGCUCCGCUACACCUGAAUAUACUGGAUUUUAAAGGGACCAUCUUAUUGGAGUGUGUAUUGAAAUAUAGUACAAUUUUAAAUUCCAAACUAAUUAUUAAAAUUAAGUUUGAACAAUCUCAAAGAAUAUUUAGUUUAAAACAUUAGAUACAUUCCAUAAACACAUAGGGUCUUCAUUAAAGAACCUCUACAAUAUACAACACACAAAUGCAAUGUGUAGCGUUUUAACAUGAAGAAUUAUUAGCUGCUUUUGGUCUCCAGAGCCAUUGACACUUUCUCUCUGAAACAAAUACAUUGUAGCGUUGCCCUUAAGACAGAAAACAACAUCCUCUUUGCAAGAGUAAGCAAAGAGGGCUUUGUGCGUUAUAUGGUCUUAAUUUUGAGGGAAACACACAGAUACACCUUUAUCAACUCAUGAACAUAAAUACAUAAUAUAUAGAAACUUGACUGACCUCCACUGUGGGAUUGCAGCUGAUGUUAGCACAUGGUGCUUUCAUUUUCAAUCACCAUUACCUAAACCUGUUGAUAUAGGGCUGCAAUUAACAUAUAUUUUGGUUAUUGAUUUAACUAUUGUUUUUUUUUUUAUUAAUACUACAAAAGGUCAUAAAAUAGUCAGUUUCCCAGAGGCCAAGGUAGCAUCUUUAAAUGUCAGGUUUUGUCUGAUAUGAAAUACAAACAGCAAAUCCUCACAUUAGAGGAGCUGGAACCAGAGACUGUUUGGCAUUUUUGCUUAAAACUCAACUUAAAGGUGCUGUAAGUGAUAUUUCUUUGUUAAAAUAAGCGUUAAACAGCUCUACAUCCCGACAGCCAUCACCGAUAGAGUGUUCAGUCAGUAACAUGGGUCACCAAGUCCCUCCUUUCUGCAGUAAACAGAGAAUACAUCAGGAGAGAGAACUCCUUAAAGAGGUGGUCCUUAAGGGCAGGCAGCAGGAUGUCAGUGUGGUGACGCGGGGAAGAGGGAGGGGACUGCUAAUUGUGAAAGCAGACAGGAUUUCAGCUACAGCACCUUUAAGUGAUUCAUUGCUAAUCAAAAUGGUUGCUGAUUAACUUUCAGCUAAUUGACUCAUUGUUUCAUGACAGUCUAUGUGCAUAAUGAAUGCAACGUGUAAAAAUAUUCACAUCCUUUCUAAAAGGAAGCUGUGCCAUUUUAAAAGUGCCUUUCACUUAUUUAGACCAAUAUGACCAACUUAGCCUUUACACCUGAAGCCCACACACGCACCUAAACACCGGGAACAAGAACUAGAUUACACACUGGUUAAAUCAGGGCUGCUCUCGGCCUUCUGACGCCCUGGGUGUGAUUUAGCUCAUGUCAUCAUCUCUCUAGUUCUUAUUUCUUUGAACUAAUCACAAACUGGAUGAAUGUUCAGGAUUUAUCUGUCUCUCUAUGUUGUAUUUAGGGGCAUAGCAGCAGAGCCAGCCUUGGUUUGAACUGCUGUUGUGUAAUGUUAAGAGUUACAACAAACACAUGUAGUGUGUUUUAUUUUGAAGUUAAAGCUAGUUUUACACUUCCAAAUUCUGACCAAAAUUCUGCAUCAUUUUGGGGAGAAACCAUAUUUUCAUAUCCAGGGACCGUUAAAGGGGUACCGACAGAGGUUGGGGAAACAUGACAUAAAAGUAUUUUUAUGGAAUUAAAAAUUGUAUAUGUAAUAUAUUUGCAGCAUCAAAAAAGAGCAUAUUUAAUUUAUGCAACAAAAAAAUAAAUACUGAAUAUGUUUUUAAGAUUAGUUUAUCUUAAUGUUUUGUUUUUCUAAAUAAUGUUUACAAAAAAAACACAAAAAUACAACUUAUAAUAUAUUCUGAGCAUCAAAAAAGAGCAUAUUUAUUUUAUGCAAAAAAAAAAGAAAGGAACCGUAUGUUGUGUUUUGGCAUUUAGGAUGAUGUGAAGUUUUACCUGAUGGUGUGUUUACAUGCUGUUUCAUGGAGUGUAAAACUUUGACAUGAUCUGUUUGUGUCUUUUAACUGUAAUACAGUGUUUAUGUUUCACUGCUGUCGCAUGAAAUUUUCUUUGUUCCCUUGUGAUUUAAAAAUGCCAUUAGCUUGUUUAUUCGGACCUUUAAAAAAAAAAAUCUGUUUUUUUGGUUUCAUGACCCGGAAAGAAAGAAAUUCAUCACAAAUCAACUUCUGAUUAAAAAGAAAUAUAAUAAUGCUCAGUAAAAGCAUCCUAUAACCUCAAACAUCUCAAGAUCAAUACUAAAU